AUGAUGACACAACAGCAUAGCCAUAGCUCGCAGCAAUCUUCUCCUCCCCUGAAAUCCAUCGGACUUCGCCAACCAGCUGUCCUUGGUGCCACGUUAAUUAUCUCAGAGAUUCUCGCAUGGGCUUCGCCAUUGUUUCAGUUUCUGAGUCGACCAUAUUUCCAUGUCUCGUUCACAAAAA